AUGGCGGUGAAUAAGGAAGACGCGAUGACAUCCCCAAUGAGUGAGGGGGAGCUGAAAAAGGUGUACUAUGAACAUUUUAUAGACGAUUUGACGGAUGAAGAACUCAUGUACAAAAAAACAGUGGAAGAUUUGUUUUAUAUUUAUAAGUCCUUUGGGUUCAUUUACUCCAUCAUUAAAAAGGCAAACAUUCUCCUAAGUAAUGAAAGCUUCGACAUGUUUUUAAAAUCUCUUGUAAGCUUUAUUGACGAGCUCUUCCUAAACAACCCGAGUCUUUUUGACACGGAACGAAAUGAUGUGAAGGUAAGUUAUGCCAACAAAGAAAUCGGAGCGGGGGCUAUGAAAAAGAGGAAAGGAGAAUUUGAUCAGACAUAUAUAAUUAACAACAGUGACAAUAACUCCUUCAUGAUGAUGCUAUCGAAGACAUACAUUGAGGAGUUACUAAAGGAUAUUAGCAAUAUAGACCCCAAUUUUAACGAAAGGAAUGUAGAGGAUUAUCUGUUCAUCACGAAGCAUAUUCUUAAAAUGAAAAACACUCUCGAAGUGGAACAUGUGAAAAAUCGGAUUGACAAAUUGAAAAACAUAUUAAAUGUAGGGAAAAAUAUUUUCCAUGUAGAUGAAUUAUUGGAUAAUUCGGAUGACAGUGAUGGGAAUAAGAAGAUAACGAUACACGAUCAUAUCGAUGAGAUGAUAGAAAAAUUGAAGACCAUUGGACCAUCCAUCGUUUCGAUUGUUUAUAAACAGAACCUCUGGUACAAACAGAUUGUUAACAAGUCCGAGUAUGACAGCUUAAAUUCGAUUCUGAACCUAGAUGUAGAUGCAGACAAUAAUGUGGUAGAAUCCACUUACGCAGAUGUGAUUCUGCUCCUUGGAGAUAAAAUGACACAAAAUAAAGACCUGCUGAUUGCCAAGGAGAAGCUAGAAAGACUCAAAAACAAUUACGAUGCGGAAAAGCAGAGGAAGCUUCAGCAAGAAAUGGAACUCUCCAAAAAAUUAGAGGACAAAAGAAAGGCUGUGCAGUUCAUUAUUGACAGAUAUAAUGAAUACACCUGGUUUGAUAAGAAUUCCCCCAAGAAGCACUCCUUCUACAUAAUAGGCAUUAACCCGAGGACGACUACGGAGGAACAACUAAAGAGCUUCGGAAAAAGACUCAAACAUAUUCUGCACCCCGAUAAGGAACCCGAUAAGGAGUGGAAGAAGAAGGCCGAGUCUGCUUUUAAGGAGGCGUCCCUCGCCAUUCUGGGCUGCCAGCAGGAGUUCAAAACGAAGGUCCUCAAGAAUCUGGAGCCCGGCCCUCCCGCUCCGUACUUGGCGCUCAUCGGCAUUGACACGCAAAGCGACACGAGCGGGGGUGGCCCUACAGGCGCAGUUGGCGGCACUGGCGGAGCUGCCGGAGAGGGAAUCGCACAGCUGCCGAAGUAUUACCCCACGCAGGCCUACUAUCCAAAAUUCGACCUCAAAUGCGUCGACCAGAAAAUUGGUACAAUCCUUAUUGACAUCAAGUGCCCUGUGCAGCUGGGGGUGGUAAAGAAGGUGAUCCUUUACGUGCACAGACCCAUCUACGGAGCCGAGCCACUCAAUUUGAUCCCAGAGGAUUCGUUCCUUUCCCACAAAAUGGAACAAAACGUCAACAUAAAAAAUUUAAACCAGUCGAUUGAAGCCCGAGUUGACUUUGUCCAGCCCUUAGAAAUCGCCGCAUCUACCAAGUACUACAUCGGCAUUCAGCUAAUAGCGGAGAGGGGAAACACCAUGAUCAAUUGGAACUCCAUAAACAUAACGCUCCACAAGUUUAGUAACAAAAAUAUUAUUAAGAAGUUGCUUUCAUCGUUUAGGAAUGCCUCCUUCAUUAAUCAGGCCCAACUGAAUGUGACCCUGUCCAACGAGAACAAAGAAGAAAUGACCAAAUAUCUGAAUGAGUGCAUUGCCGCGGCGAAGAUAUGGGCGCAAACAGUGUAG